AUGUCGGGGAAGAUCGCCUUGGAGUCGCCGGGUUCCACCGUCACGCGGAGGCGGCUGCUGACUACGGAUUUGACGUCAUCGACGGUCAAGGACCACCCUGUAGAUGCUAAAGACGGCGGAGGUAGCCGCCGGGGAAGCAGGAUUGGGGAAGCGGCGGGAGGGUGCGCGGCGGUGUGCUGCUGCUGUCCAUGCGCAAUGAUGAACAUCUUAAUCCUCGCCGUGUACCGCCUCCCGAGGGGGCUGUGGAGGAAGAAGAAGAGAAAGAGGCUACUGAGGAAGAAGCGCAAAAGCUCGUCGGAGGAGAUGGAGAAUCAGCGGAAAACGAAUUCCUCGGGAGGUGGUGGUAAGGAGGAACGGGAGUCGUCAACGGAUGAUGAGGAGUUGAGGGGCGAAAACGACGUCGUUGACUGGGACAAUGAGAUGUGGGGUCGGUUCAAUGGGGCUGGGUUUUGGAGGAGCGCUUCUCGAAGAAAGGAUGAUGAAUGA